AUGACACAGGAUUCUCCGACCACCGUGUGCGUCACCGGAGCCGCUGGAUUCAUUGGCUCGUGGCUCGUUAUGAGACUCCUCGAACGCGGCUACGUUGUCCGUGCUACUGUUCGUGACCCUGAGAACAUGAAGAAAGUGAAGCAUUUAAUACAACUACCCAAAGCAGAAACAAACUUGACAUUAUGGAAGGCAGAUUUGACACAGGAAGGAAGUUUUGAUGAAGCUGUUGAAGGUUGUCAUGGGGUCUUUCAUGUGGCCACUCCUAUGGACUUUGAAUCCAAGGACCCUGAGAAUGAAAUCAUUAAGCCAACAAUAGAAGGGGUAUUAAGCAUCAUAAGAUCGUGUGCUAAAGCCAAAACAGUCAAGAGACUGGUGUUCACCUCCUCUGCCGGGACUGUUAACGUACAAGAACAUCAACUUCCUGUCUACAACGAGUCGAAUUGGAGCGAUUUGGACUUCAUCUACUCAAAGAAAAUGACUGCUUGGAUGUAUUUUGUGUCGAAAACAUUGGCAGAAAAAGCAGCUUGGGAAGCAACAAAAGAAAACAACAUCGAUUUCAUCAGCAUCAUACCAACGCUAGUCGUUGGUCCAUUCAUCACUCCUUCAUUCCCACCAAGCCUCAUUACCGCACUUUCGUUGAUCAACGGUGCAGAAUCACAUUAUUCAAUUAUAAAGCAAGGUCAAUAUGUACAUUUGGAUGAUCUUUGUGAAUGUCAUAUAUACUUAUAUGAGAACCCUAAAGCCAGAGGGAGAUACAUUUGUUCUUCCCAUGAUGCCACCAUUCAUCAAUUGGCAAGAGUGAUCAAAGAAAAGUGGCCAGAGUACCAUGUUCCAGAUCAGUUUCCAGGGAUUGAUAAGGAGCCACCGAUAGUUUCGUUUUCAUCGAAGAAGUUAAAAGAGAUGGGUUUCGAGUUUAAGUAUGAUCUGGAGGAGAUGUUUAAGGGAGCCAUUGAUAGCUGCAGAGAUAAAGGAUUGCUUCCAUAUUCCACAAUCAAGGACCAUAAGACAGAUGACCAUAUUCAUGUUUGAUCUUCAUUCUAUCAAAA